AUGUCUCAUACGCCUACAUACACCCACGUGUCCACCCCAUUGCUCACAAACACCCACACUCGUGUAUUAACAUGCCCAAAUCUACGAAUGCUCCGCACCCCCACAUACGCCCACAAGCCUACAUACAUCCACACCGUCCGCCCCAUUACCCACAAACACCCACCACGUGCAUUAACACGUCCAGAUUUACGAAUGCUCUGCACUCCCAUAUAUGUCCGCACGACCAACAUGCCCAUAUACAUCCAUACAUACGCGCACGCUCACACAGCCGCACGCCCACACACCUACACGCCCGUCUCAUUGCCCACAAAUACCCACACACGUGCAUUAACACGCCCGGAUCUGCGAACGCUCCGCUCUCCUACAUACACCCACAUGGGUCAACUUGCCCACAUAUAUGCAUUCACAAACACACACAUGAACAAGUACACAUUUAUACACACAUACGUAUACCAAUACGCCCGCAAAUACGCCCAGACAUACAUGAAUAAGCACACAUCUGUGGACAUACAUGUACCAAUACGCCCACAAAUACACCCACACAUGAAAUAA